AUGGUAAAGGAAACUAAGUUCUAUGACCUUUUGGGCGUCGCCGUGGACGCGAACGAAACGCAGAUCAAAAAAGCCUACAGAAAACAAGCUUUGAAAUACCAUCCAGACAAAAACCCAAGCGCAGAAGCUGCAGAGAAGUUUAAGGAGCUCACGGUGGCGUACGAGAUACUAAGCGACAGUGAGAAACGUAACAUUUACGACCAGGUGGGUGAAGAAGGCCUCAGUGGCGGUGGCGCUGGCGGUGCUGGCGGAUUCGGUGGUUUUGGAGGUUUUGGCGAUGACAUCUUCUCACAGUUCUUCGGUGGUGGCGGUGCAUCCCGGCCCAGAGGCCCUCAAAAGGGUAAAGAUAUCAAGCACGAAAUGGCUGCCUCUUUGGAGGAACUUUACAAAGGAAGAACUGCGAAACUCGCUCUUAACAAGCAGGUUUUGUGUAAGGCGUGUGAGGGCCGCGGUGGUAAAGAAGGAUCUGUCAAGAAGUGUGUGUCCUGUAACGGUCAAGGUAUGAAGUUCGUCACCAGACAAAUGGGACCCAUGAUCCAGAGAUUCCAAGUGGAGUGUGACGUCUGUCACGGUACUGGUACAAUUAUCGACCCCAAGGACCGCUGCAAGACUUGCAACGGUAAGAAGGUCAUGAACGAGAGAAAGAUCCUAGAGGUUCACAUCGAGCCCGGUAUGAAGGACGGCCAAAGAAUCGUGUUCCAAGGCGAGGCCGACCAAGCUCCAGACAUCAUUCCCGGUGACGUGGUGUUCGUGAUCUCGCAAAGGCCCCACAAGCAUUUCGAAAGAAAGGGCGACAACUUACACUACCUAGCGGAAAUCGAUUUGCUCACCGCAGUCGCUGGUGGCCAAUUCGCCGUCGAGCACGUAUCUGGUGAGUGGCUAAACGUCACUAUUGUGCCCGGUGAGGUCAUCUCUCCAGGCAUGACCAAGGUCAUCGAGGGCAAAGGUAUGCCUGUCCAGAAAUACGGUGGUUACGGUAACUUGAUCAUUUCUUUCAAAAUAAAUUUCCCACAAAACCACUUCGCAGACGAAGAGUCUCUCAAGAAACUAGAGCAAAUCUUGCCACCAAGAUCUAUUCCAGCCAUUCCAAAGAGUGCUGAAGUCGAGGAAUGCGUCUUGAGCGACUUCGACCCAUCCAAGCAUUCUGGUAGCCAGUCCUACGGCAGAGGCGCCAACUAUGACUCUGAUGAUGAAGAAAGAGGUGGCGCAGAAGGUGUCCAGUGUGCAUCGCAGUAA